CGUAACUAAGCGAAGGGAUGACUUGUACGUGAAUACUCGCCAGCUCGCGGUCGUUCGGCCGUUUUGUUGGGUUCGCUUCUCCCAAGCCCCUUCGCCCCGUCCGAGAGCCCUGCCGCGUUGCAGCUCGCCAGCUAUGGACGUCGGGGGCUUGGAUGUCUUCGCCAAAUCAAAGGGCCGCACACUAGUGCAACGCCGCCGGGCAGCAACGUGGACGAUUGAAGGCGCUCGCUUUCGCCGGUGA